AUGGAUGUUCAUCUUGUGAUCGAUAUCGACCUGAACAAUCAGGUUGUAGGAAUGCUGUUGAGAGCACGCAAGCACAAAAUCAUCAUAUUUCCGGGUGAAAUGCUGUAUCAGCGGCGCGACGAUCUUGUGCCGAUUGUCAUGCUGUUACCGCUAGAAAAGAUCCGGAUGUUUUACGAGGGAACCGACGAUCCCGCAAGUUGCGUCGCUACAAAGUGA